GGAGCUGUGACUUGUGAGUAUGGAUUGAGUCUUGAGAAGUGAACGAGGUGCCGAGCUGGUUACAACUUGUUGUUUUCCAGUUAGCCGUUUAAGAUUUUGACAAUUAAUUAGAAUGUCAGUCUAUUUAUUUGUCCUUGGUGAUAUCCUCAAGCCUUCGCGUCGUAGUUGAAUUAAUUCCUACUUAAAUGUUUAUAUAUUUCGUGUGUUCAUAAUCUGUAGACAUGCCGAAUAUAAGAGUGAUCCCUUUGGGUGCUGGGCAAGACGUCGGCCGUAGCUGCAUCCUGGUUCAAAUAGGAGGAAAGAACGUCAUGUUGGACUGCGGCAUGCACAUGGGCUACAACGACGAGAGGCGAUUCCCGGAUUUCAGUUUCAUAGCGAACGAAGGCCCUGUCACCAGCUUUAUAGACUGUGUCAUUAUAUCCCAUUUUCAUUUGGACCAUUGCGGCGCUCUUCCUUACUUGACGGAAAUGAUCGGCUACACGGGCCCCAUUUACAUGACGCACCCCACAAAGGCGAUCGCACCGAUUCUGCUCGAAGACAUGAGGAAGAUAGCCGUGGAGAAGAAGGGCGAGGGGAACUUCUUCACGUCGCAGAUGAUAAAAGACUGCAUGAAAAAAGUGACUGCUGUCACUCUGCACCAAUCGCUCCUUGUUGACAACCAGUUGGAGAUCAAAGCGUAUUAUGCAGGGCACGUCCUUGGUGCUGCCAUGUUCAAAAUAUCAGUCGGUUCGCAGUCCAUUGUGUACACUGGUGAUUACAACAUGACGCCAGACAGGCAUUUGGGAGCGGCGUGGAUUGACAAGUGUCGCCCGGAUAUUCUCAUCACCGAAUCCACCUAUGCGACAACUAUCCGAGAUUCGAAACGCUGUAGAGAAAGAGACUUCCUUAAAAAAGUUACCGAGUGCAUCGACAGGAACGGUAAAGUGCUCAUUCCGGUUUUCGCCCUCGGGAGAGCUCAGGAACUUUGCAUCCUCUUGGACACACAUUGGGAAAGGAUGAAUUUGAAAACUCCUGUGUACUUUGCCGUUGGAUUGACAGAAAAGGCCAACAACUAUUAUAAAAUGUUCAUCACUUGGACCAACCAGAACAUUAAAAAAACGUUCGUCCAGAGGAAUAUGUUUGAUUUUAAACAUAUUAAGCCCUUUGAUAAAUCGUACGCGGAUACGCCUGGUGCUAUGGUUGUCUUGGCUGCACCCGGGAUGCUUCAUGCAGGUCUGAGCUUGCAGCUUUUCAAAAAAUGGGCCCCGAAUGAGAACAAUAUGGUCAUCAUGCCUGGGUUUUGUGUCGUCGGCACUGUCGGUCACAAAAUUCUAAAUGGGGCGAAACAGAUCGAAUUCGAAAAUAGAAAUUUUGUCGAUGUAAAACUAAGCGUCGAAUACAUGUCUUUCUCAGCCCAUGCAGAUGCUAAAGGGAUUAUGCAGCUCAUAAAUUACUGUGAACCAAAAAAUGUACUUCUUGUUCAUGGCGAAUCCGCAAAAAUGGAAUUCCUCAAAGAGAAAAUCAAGCGAGAAUUUAAUCUCGAUUGUUAUAUGCCUGCGAAUGGCGAAUCAUGCGUGAUAAAUACUCCUUAUCGUAUACCUGUAGACGUAUCUCUCAAUCUUCUGAAAAAAGAGAAUGUAAAGUAUAACAAUCAACCUCCCAAUCCGAAGCGCUCGAGAGUUAUUCACGGAGUACUUGUCAUGAAGGAAUCUUCUUUUUCACUAAUGGAUGUUGACGAGGCUUGUAAAGAGGCUGGUAUCAACCGUCAUAUCAUAAGAUUUACUUCCACGAUUCGACUUGAAGAUCCGAGCCCUCCAUCGAAAACUGCAGAGAAACUGCAUAAACUGUUUCAAGAAAAGUUAAAAGGCUGGAAUAUAAUGUUCACAGACGGUUCGAUUUCCAUAGAAUCCGUCCUUAUUAAAGUCGAAGGUAGUGAAGACGAACAGAAAAACGUGUAUGUUUCAUGGACAAAUCAAGACGAAGAACUUGGAAGUGCAAUACUUGAAAUCCUUCAGUCAAUUGGGCAAGUUUCCUAGCAAUCAACAAAAAUUGGUCAUUCGGACAAACCAAGUAGGCCAACCAAACUUCAUAAAAGAAAAACUCUUAUAGGUGACAUAGAAGUUAUUCCGAUAGUUUCUAAGCCAUAAAUUCCCUUUGUAAAUUUAUUCUUCUUUUUCAAAGAAAUUUUUAUAGUUAAUAAAAGGUAUGAAUCGUGUUUACUUUUAUCUAAAAUCUCAUAUAAAUAAAUCUGUUUAUAGUGUUUA